AUGGACGCAACGACAAAUAUCUAUGGACACAAUGACAAGUGUCUAUGGACGCAACAAGUAUCUAUGGACGCAACGACAAAUGUCUAUGGACUCUCUAUCUCUCAAUUGCUCCAAUAUCUCCAUCCUUCUCUCUCGCCCACGCCGCCGCCUGAGCGGAUGAGCCAGGUCCUGGACGAGACCUUGGGCCCGUUGCCCGUCCUGGCACCUGUCCGGAAAUUCAAGAGGCAGCCGGCCGGGCACUACGACGCCAGCACCGAUGUGCAGGAGCUGUUCGGCAAGAGGCGGGCAGCCAAUGCCAGGGAGAGGCACCGGGUUCAGAGCAUCAACGGUGGCUUCUCCAAGCUGAAGAGCAUUGUACCGUUGAUUCGGAAAGACCGCAAGCCCAGCAAGGUCCACGUGCUGCGGGCAGCGUCGGAAUACAUCCGCCUCCUGCACAACGUCCUGCAGGAAGCUGCUGCUGCUGAGGAGGUGGCUGCGGGGGUCCAGGAAGGCGAGCGUGUGAACGUCGGGGAAGUGUCACUGCCCACGAGCAGGAGACCUUCUGAAGAGAUCCAUCACCUUCCCGCGGGCAUGGCUGCGGGAGCUGGGUUCGGCUUCCCGGCCGACGGAGAGGCACCGGGUGUUUGGGCCAGUCCCGCUGUGCCCUGCGUUGGGAUUGUCCAGCUGGAGGACGGAAACAUGAUCCUCCGAGCGGCCGAGGGCCUGACUUCCACUGUGGCUGUCCAGUUGGCUCUGGAUUAACUCAAGAUGGUAGAGUCCCGGGCUGUGGUACAGAAAAGCCAUGCCCGCACGAAGUCAAAUGUGAAAAUCGCUUCCCACCCAUUCCCAGGGCUUGCGAAACCGUCAAAUGGCCGCCAAGAGAAACUGGGCGAUUCAAGUGAGCGUCCGCUCUCCAGUCUUGUCACGAGAGAGCCGUGUUCCUUCAGUCUGGCCGGUUCACGGUUCCACACGGCGGCAAGCUCAGCAGGAAACCGGACAGGCACUUGCGCUA